UCUUUUCUCUUUCUCAUAAUUCUCUUCUUUAUCGGAAAGUCUGAUCAUUGAGUCCAGUUGGCUAAUGAGGAACACCAGCGAAUAAUUAUAAGUCGUCUCUUCUUUCGCACAUCUGAAAUAGCUUUCUUUACACAUUUUUACUCCCCUGAAACCAUGAAAGAUGUUAAAGCUUUGUCCUUUUUCUAUUUUCCACUUCUUUACUGAAACCAUGUCUUCCUCCCAUUGCAACCACUGGGUUUGGUUCAUCUUGUCGUCUUCUGUCUUAAUUGGUUUCGGUAAGAGAAAAAAGCUUCUUCUUGGAGGGUUUUCAAGAACUCAACUUCUUAACACCAUGACGUUGUUGUUCUGUUCUGCUGAUUAAAAUCUAGUUUUGGGUUCGGGAGAGAUCUGAAUUUCCCAGUUACUCUUCAGCUGAAUCUGGAGAUUAGGGCCUCUUCAUCUUCUUCGCUGACACGAGUCGACAUGUCUAUAACUUGUGAACUCACUUCGAAGAAGGCAGAGGAAUCCAACGGUGGUGUGAAAUGGAUAAAAAAGCAUCUCUUCUUCAUGAUUCUGUGUUGCUUAACCACCUCUUUGGUGAUUGUUAUUUUGAUGUCCUCGGGGAAGGAGGAGGAGACCGGUUCUUGUAAUGGGGAAGGUAGAGUGUUGUACAGACAUCAAAACGUCACCAGGAGUGAGAUUCAUGACUUGGUCUCUUUGUUCUCUGAUUCAGAUCAGGUAACAUCCUUCGAAUGUCAAAAAGAAUCGAUCCCUGGAAUGUGGGCAAACUAUGGUAUUACAUGUUCUCUGAAUAUGCGUUUGGAGAAAGAGGAGACUCAAAGCGUCCAUGACAAUUCAAAGAGCUUAAUUCCCUGGAAUCUUAUUAAUCCAUCAGGCUUACAACAGAGUUUACUGCAACCCGAAAACCACAGAGAAGGGCUGGAUUGGGAGUUGUCAUCUUAUUUAAGAAAUACAUGGUGGUGCCUUAUCCUUGGUGUACUCGUGUGCCAUAAGAUUUUUGUUUCUCAUUCUAAACCACCAAAUGAGAUAGAAGGAAAAACAAAUCUGCAAGAUUCUUUAGCUCAAAAGCAGCAGCAGCAGCAACGUGCUUGUAGAGGGGCUGGGAAAUGGAGGAAGAACAUCCUUCUCCUCGGUGUCAUCGCAGGAGUUUCCAUGUCGGUUUGGUGGUUCUGGGACUCCAAUCAGAAGAUCAUACUGCAACGGAGGGAAACUUUAGAAAACAUGUGUGAUGAACGAGCCCGUGUGUUACAAGAUCAGUUCAAUGUUAGCCUGAACCAUGUUCACGCCUUAUCUAUUCUUGUAUCCACCUUUCACCAUGGUAAAACCCCAUCUGCCAUUGAUCAGAAAACAUUUGGUGAAUAUACUGAGAGAACAAACUUCGAGAGACCCCUUACCAGUGGUGUUGCGUAUGCUUUGAAAGUCCCACACUCCAAAAGAGAGCAAUUUGAGAAGGAUCAUGGAUGGACAAUAAAGAAAAUGGAAACUGAGGACCAGACACUUGUUCAAGAUUGUGUUCCUGAAAAUUUUGAUCCAGCACCUAUUCAAGACGAGUACGCUCCUGUCAUAUUUGCUCAAGAAACUGUUUCCCAUAUUGUAUCGGUUGACAUGAUGUCUGGACAAGAAGACCGUGAAAACAUCUUGAGGGCAAGGGCAUCAAGAAAGGGUGUAUUAACAUCUCCAUUUAAGCUUCUGAAGUCAAAUCAUCUCGGCGUUGUCUUGACCUUUGCUGUCUAUGACACGGACCUACCGCCUGAUGCUACCGAAGAACAACGUGUUGAAGCAACUAUUGGAUACCUUGGUGCAUCAUAUGAUAUGCCAUCGCUGGUGGAGAAACUUCUUCACCAACUUGCCAGCAAACAGACAAUUGUGGUGGAUGUUUAUGACACAAGUAACGCCUCGGGUCUAAUUAAAAUGUACGGAACUGAAAUUGGGGAUACAAGUGAAGAGUAUAUAAGUAGACUUGAUUUUGGUGAUCCAUCCAGAAAACAUGAGAUGCGCUGCAGGUUUAAAGAUAAACUUCCCAUCCCUUGGACAGCUAUAACACCGUCAGGCUUAGUGUUGAUUAUUACUUUUCUGGUUGCUUAUAUCUUCCAUGAUGCCAUCAGUCGAAUUGCCAUAGUUGAAGAGGACUGUCAGAAGAUGAUGAAACUGAAAGCUCGCGCUGAGGCUGCUGACAUUGCCAAAUCACAGUUUCUAGCAACUGUUUCUCAUGAGAUACGGACUCCAAUGAAUGGUGUUCUAGGAAUGCUGAAAAUGCUUAUGGACACUGAUCUUGACGCGAAACAAAUGGACUAUGCACAAACUGCUCAUGGGAGUGGGAAGGAUCUUAUAUCACUAAUAAACGAGGUUCUUGAUCAGGCAAAGAUUGAAUCAGGAAGGCUUGAGCUUGAAAAUGUGCCUUUUGAUAUGCGCUUAGUUCUGGAUAACGUUUCAUCUCUACUCUCUGGCAAGGCAAAUGAAAAAGGAAUUGAGUUGGCAGUUUAUGUUUCUAGUCAAGUUCCUGAUGUUGUAGUUGGUGAUCCCAGUCGGUUCAGGCAAAUAAUUACAAACCUGGUUGGAAACUCAAUCAAGUUCACACGGGAGAAGGGACACAUAUUUAUCUCGGUGCACCUUGCAGAAGAGGUGAGGGAGAGUGUUAAUAUCAAAGAUGCAGUACUAAGACAGAGGUUAGCUGUGGGAAGCAGUGAGUCCGGUGAGACAGUAAGCGGGUUUCCUGCUGUGAAUGCAUGGGGAAGCUGGGAGAGUUUCAAGACAAUUUACAGCACUGAGAAUCAUAAUUCUGAUAGAAUCAUCAAAUUGCUAGUUACAGUGGAGGACACAGGGGUGGGCAUACCUUUGGAUGCACAAGGAAGAAUAUUCACUCCUUUUAUGCAAGCUGACAGUUCCACAUCUCGUACCUAUGGUGGGACCGGCAUAGGUUUGAGCAUAAGCAAGCGUUUGGUUGAACUCAUGCAAGGAGAAAUGGGGUUUGUGAGCAGGCCUGGGAUAGGGAGUACUUUUUCAUUUACGGGAGUUUUUGGGAAAGCAGAAACAACAAGUUCGUUUAAUACUAAGUUUGAUCUAGCUAUUCAGGAGUUCAAAGGACUGAGGGCACUAGUUAUUGAUAGCAGAAACAUUCGAGCAGAGGUGACCAGAUACCAUCUGCAGAGAUUGGGAAUAUGUGCAGACAUUGUUUCAAGUCUGAGAACAGCAUGCACAUGUGUUAGCAAAUUAGGAGGUUUGGCGAUGGUUCUAAUCGACAAAGACGCGUGGAACAAGAAAGACUUUGAACUACUUGAUGGGUUGCUUAAUUGUAGCAAAGGAGCCUCCACAAGACAAACAAAGAUUUUACUUUUGGCAACCUCUGCAACUCUUUUAGAGCGCAGUGAGAUGAAGUCUUCUGGUCUGGUGGACGAGGUGGUAAUAAAGCCCCUUCGGAUGAGUGCCCUAAUAUGCUCUUUGCAAGAAACCCUGGUCAAUGGCAAGAAGAGGCAACCAAACAGAAAGCGAACGAAUCUUGGACACUUACUGAGAGGAAAGAGGAUUCUGGUUGUGGACGAUAAUCUGGUGAACAGAAGAGUCGCUGAAGGCGCACUUAAGAAAUAUGGAGCAAUCGUUACAUGCGUUGAGAGUGGGAAGGCUGCAUUGGCAAUGCUCAAGCCGCCUCACAACUUUGAUGCUUGCUUCAUGGACCUCCAGAUGCCUGAAAUGGACGGAUUUGAAGCAACGAGGAGAGUCCGUGAUCUAGAGAAGAAGAAAAUAGUUUCCGGUGAAAUGUACAGUAGCUGGCACGUUCCAAUAUUAGCAAUGACAGCUGAUGUGAUUCAGGCUACUAACGAAGAAUGCGUCAAAUGUGGGAUGGAUGGUUAUGUAUCGAAACCGUUUGAAGAAGAAGCUCUCUAUGCAGCUGUAGCGAAGUUCUUUGAAUCUGCUGGUUAAAAGACUAGAAAUCCAUUGUUGCCCCUUGUAGGAUUUGUAUAUAUAUUAACCCGACAGCUUUUUUGACGUCGAGUAGUAUAUAUCUUAAACAUCAAUGGCCUGCAGUUCAACUUCAUAUCAAGGCAAGAACCAAAUUCAUUAUCCAUUCUUCUUCACACGUGUCUUUCCCUUUAAGACCGCAACCUUUGCCUUAAAUUUUGUAUAGACAGUAUGUGGUAUUUGAUCUCCGCCUGUGUGUAUAGCUAGCUCUAUUUAUAUUCGUUCAUAUAAACCCAAACUGUCUCUACUUUAACUGUAAUAAAAAAAGCUUUUUGCA